AUGGUUGAUUUCGUUUUAAAUAAAAAUAAUAUUUCAUUAGAUAUGGAAAAUGCAAUUAUUACAGGAAAGUGGAGUACAACAAUGACUGGUAUAUCCAAAUAAUUACCAAAUUCUUCAAUCCCAGCAAGAAUAGCUUCAUUAAGAAUGGUAAGUAACACUCCUAUAUUUAGAAAUCAAUAACAUUCAUCACUUGAAACAAGACAUAUAAAUAAUAAUCAAUUAGGUUUUUAUUGUCCAGUAGGAUCACCUGAUGGUGCGGAUUGUGGUAUUAUAAAAGAAAUGUCAUUCAUUAUCUUGUGA